AUGGUCAAUUGGGCAGGAAAUACAGCAUGGGAUGAAUUCAUCUGGGUCUCUUACGCCAAGGGCUGGAAGCUGUCAGGUCUUCUAAGGCCGACAGCAGAAGAAAAGGAGGCAUUCGUACGAUUGUAUAUUGGGGUGAGAAACAGGAAUCUGGAGAAUGAAGUCGAAACCCUGCAGCGAAUUCGUCAAUAUUUAUUGCACGAGGAUCAACGAGGGGCCGCAGCUGCGCUGGCCCCUCUGAUCAAACAGAAGAUGGAAUGGGAACGAUGGGAUCUGGUACACACCUACAAGACGGUUGGGCUACAGAUCCGAGAAGCGAUGUGGGAUGCAGCAAUAGAGUCGGUGGACGAAAAAAGUGAGGUUUUACGGGAGGAGAUGGGCAAGUCUCCAUGGCAACACUCUUCUCGUUGGGAUUGGUUACUCCACGACUACCCAGAAGAGACUGCGUCCGAGUCGGAGAAUGGGUACGAAACAACCAUAGGCUAUUCUGAAGAAGAAUACGAAGGAGAAGAUGACGAAGAUGAAGAAGAGGAUGAGGAGGAGGAGUGGCAACUGUUCACAAUUGAAGAGGAAGUUAACAGGCAGGGCCAAAAUUAG